AUGAAUUCUUCAAUUAAUGAACCUGAUAAAGAUAAUAUAUUAAAAGGAAUAGGAAAUAUAAAAAUUGCGAGGGAUUUGCUAGAAAUUAUAAUGAACAACUGUGAUCACGCUAAUUUUAAAAUUACAAUAAAAGACAAAAGAGAGUUUUAUGGUUGUUUAGCAUAUGUGGAUAAAUAUUAUUUAUUCCUUAUUGAUUGUGAAGAACAUUAUAUAGGAAAUCAAAGUUAUAUAAGAAAUUGUGGUGAUAUUUUAAUUCCAUUAAAAAUAGUUAAAUUAAUAGAAAUUAAAAAAAGUUAUUUUGAUAACUGUUAUAAAAAACUGAAAAAUAUAUAA